GUUUUGGUUGUUGUUGAGAAUAACAUGAGUUGCAGGUUGUAGCUGCUUUUCCUGAAGCUUUUGUAAUAUUCCUCACAGAGCCUAGAAGUCAGUUCACACGUUACCGCUCAUGGAACUCACGGAUGUAUCCUGCGUGGAAAGAUGGAGACCCCAGAUUCAGAAACUGUUGGUCCGGAGGUGAAGUGACCUUUGAUCUUAAAAACGAUGCACCCACUCUGACUGGAGCAAGAGCAACCUUCACCAUUAAUCUAAAUUUCCCACCAAAUCAGACAGUCCUCCCUGACGGGCAGGUGGUCUGGGAGCGUAACUGCACCAUCAAUGGACAACAGUAUCAGGAGGGUCAGGCUGUGUAUCCUGACCAGGACUCUGAGCAGACGGGACUUUUCCCUGACGGCACACCGUUCCCCAGGAGCCAGAACAAGAAACCUCACUAUGUGUUUGUGUGGAAGACAUGGGGGCGUUACUGGCAGGUGGCAGAUGGACCGUCCUCCUUCCUGACCAUUGGUACAGACAAUGUCCCCCUGGGCUCCUACAACAUGGAGGUUGUCAUCUAUCACACCCGUGGCAGAGACAAGUUCAUCCCUCUCGGCUAUGCCUCCUCAACCUUCAUCAUCACAGACCAGGUUCCCUUCACCAUAUCACUUGCCCAAGUCAGUGAUGUAAACCAGGAUGACCAGAACUUCAUCCAGAAUCGAGCUAUUGCUUUUAGCGUCAAACUCCACGAUCCCAGCCAGUAUCUCAACAAUGCCGACAUCAGCUUCAGCUGGGACUUUGGUGAUAGCACUGGGACUCUGAUCUCCAGAGAGCAAACAGUCACACACACAUAUCUCGCUCUCGGGACCUUCAAACCUCAGGUGGUCCUGAUGGCAAGCAUCCCUAAUGGCUGUGGAAACCCCACUGCUGUGAUUCCUAUCGAUGCCUCUGUAGCCCCAGCAGUCGUUGUGAUGGCCUCCACCCCUGCAGAUGUCCCAGCAGCAACAGCUGAGGGAGGAGAUACAAUUGCUCUAGAUGUUCCCGCUUCUGACGCCACUCCACUUGCUGCUUCUGUGCAGCCAGCUGACACAGCCGCAAAUACAGAAGAUGGAGAAGCAGUCGUUGAUACAGAUGCAGAGGUAGUAGAGGUUGCCUCAGUAGCACCUGCAGUAGUUGAUGCAGCUGUUGUUCCAGAGGAACAAGACCCCGCCAACACUGCUGCCCCUGCUGCAGAAGUAGAUGCUGCUGCAGAGGAAACAGAUGCUGCAGCAGGAGAAGUGGCCACCGCUGCCCCUGUUGCACCUGCAACUGAAGAAACAGCUGCUGCAGAUACAGCUGCCGCAGAAGAAACCGCAGUGGUGGCAGAUGCAGCUGCAGAAAACGUGCCUGUGAUUGAUGCUGCUGCUUCAGUUGCUCCUGUUGCAGAGGGAGAAGAAGCUGCAGUUGAGGUCGCUGACGGUGUCACUGUCGCUCCUGUGGCAGAAGAAGCUGUAGAGCAAGAAGCUGAUGUUGUGACUACUGAUGCUGCUGCUGAUGCUGUUGCAGAGGUUGUGCAAGCUGCCACAGAGGCCACUGCUGAUAACGUUGUCACUCCUGCUGCCACUGAGACCACAGCUGUAGAAGAGGCAGCACCAGCUGAGGCUGAAGUACUGGAAACUGAGAAUGAAGUUGCAGCUACUGCAGCUGCUGCAGAGCAACCAGCAGGUGAGGAGGAGGCUGCUGCUCCAGCUGAAGGUGAAGUUCAAGCUGAAGUGGAAACAGAUGCAGCACAAGUUGCCCUUGUUGUGGCUAAAAGACAAGCGCCAGAGUUGACAGCGGACUGCAUGGUCUACCGUUACGGCUCCAUCGCCACUUCUCUAGAUGUUGUUCAGGGUAUUGAAAGUGUAGAGAUUGUACAGGUGUCCAAUGUUGUGGCACUGGCGACUGAAUUGGAUCAAAAUGCCGUGGACCUCACCAUUACCUGUCAGGGAAGUCUUCCAAGUGAGGUCUGCACAGUCAUUUCGGAUGCUGACUGUAUCACACCAGUAGAAACCGUCUGUAAUGCAGCCUCACCCUCUCCAGACUGUCAGCUGAUCCUUCGUCAGUUCUUCAAUGACUCCGGAGUAUUUUGCAUCAAUGUCUCUUUGACCAAUGAUGUCAGUCUUGCUGUGGCGAGUGCUAGAGUCAGUGUAACAGUAGGCUCUGGUGGUUCCCCAGCUGGAACUGCUGCUACAGUCCUGGGUGUUAUGGCACUUGCCUGCAUCAUCUGUUGUAUUGGUUUGAUGUACAGACGGUUCAAGCAGUACCAGCCGCUAAGAGAAGACCACGGUGACAGUAAUGGAGGCAGCUCGGCCGUAACAUCAGUUCCUUUGUUGUUGUGGAACUUGCUGAGCCGACAGUCACCAGGAGAAAGUCGUCCACUGCUUCAGGGGAGGAUUGUGUGAAUAUCAUUAUCAGCUGGUGCACUCAACAUCUACAACUCCUUCUAACAUAUUGGCUUUAUACGCCUAAUACUCUACUUGUAGUGAUAUUGUCCCAGUCAAUGUAUUAAACCAGAAUAAGUUAAGUGAACCAAGUGAAGUGAACCAGCCCUGUGCACAGCAACAGAACAGUAAGAACAGAAAGGAGUCAAACGUGUAAUAAAAAGUGUAAUAAAAAAAAUGUUGAAACGUGUUUAGAGGAAAGUGAUAUUUAUUUUAUAUUAUACGUUUUAUUAAUUGGCACUGAUAGCUUAUAGAAAUUAUUGUCUUAUUUGUGGCUUACUUAUACUGAACCAAUUUGAAAAUCAAUGUUAACACAAUUAAGUUAAUUUUCUUUAUAAUGUAAUUUAAAUCACAUACACCACACAACAUUAACAUGUUUGAUACCCUGAAAUGAAUAAAAUGGA